UUCUUUUUGUCAAAAAAGAAAAGUAUUUCUUGUAAUCAUUAUGUGGUGAUUGACACCGAACUUGGUAGGGAGAACCACAGUUCGAUCUUCCGCAACUGCGAUCGGAGGAGCUGAAACCACUUAAUGUCAAAACUGACAUUUGAACCAGAUUAGAUGGUCCGGUACGUGGACCAGAUACCAAAAACAAAAAAACACAUUCAAAUGAAAAUUGUAGACAUACUUAACGGUUCAAAUGACAAUAAGCCAUUAAUAUUUAAAUGGUGUAAUUAUUGUCUACGUGACACUUAACAAUUCACAUCAACACAUUUUUUCUUAAGUGAACGUCAGUAUACUUAACGUGCCGCUAUCUUAUUUGUCAUCAUAUAGAAUUGAGAAUGCUACUUAACUCAUAUUUAUUGUUUGCUUAUACUGAAUUAAUGAUCAGAUCUCAAACCAGAGCUAAGCCUUUUUCCAUCCAAAGUCAUGGCUUUGAUCCUUCACGCUAACCAGGGAAACAAAAAUGCUUACAAGACACUGAUUACCGCUGAAUAUGUCGGUGUCGAAGUUCAACUGGUUCCAGAUUUUCAGAUGGGUGUUUCCAACAAAACUCCUCAAUUUCUCAAGAUGAACCCUAUUGGAAAGGUUCCUGUCUUGGAAACCCCUGAUGGUUCCAUCUUUGAGAGCAAUGCCAUUACUCGUUAUGUUGCCCGAUUGGGUGAAAACAAUUUGUUUGGAUCAUCUCCCAUUGAUCAGGCCCACGUUGACCAGUGGAUUGAUUUUUCUUCUUUGGAGAUUGAUAACAAUAUUAUGAAGUUGUACAGCCCAAUACGUGGAUUUUCCCCUUACUUUCCUCCGGUAGAGGAGGCUGCAAUCUCUGCAUUGAAGAGAGCAUUAGAGGCUUUGAACACUCACCUUGCCCACAAUACUUACCUAGUUGGGGAUUCUGUUACCCUUGCUGACAUUAUAGCAACAAACAACUUGUAUUUGGGUUUCACUUAUCUCUUUGUCAAGAGCUUCACCUCAGAGUUUCCUCAUGUUGAGAGAUACUUCUGGACCUUGGUCAACCAGCCAAAUUUCAAAAAGAUAUACUAGGCCAGGUUAAGCAGACCGAAGCUAUGCCAUGCCACCCAUUCCAUCUACAAAGAAGCCUACCUAGCUUAAGGAAUCUAAGCUCAAAUCUAAAGAUGAACCAAAGAAAGUGGCUAAAUCAGAGUGGAAAGCUCAAACACUACAAGAAAAUUGACUUACGGUGACACUCACUUCAAGUGAUGUCUUAUUAUUUGUCACUAUAAAUAUCUUAAAUUUCGUUUUUAGACCAUACAAAAGUUUUUACCAAAAUUUUCUCACUUUUUAGAGACUGAUUACACAAGU